GAUUCCAUUCUUUAGAAGCAAUUUUCAAAGAAUCUUCGAUAUCCAAUUCAUUUUCCAUGUUUUUAAAAUAAUAUUUAAAUUGAUAUAAUAAAUGUCAUUAUUAUAGAAUGAAUAAUGAAAACAUGAAAAUAUAACCUAACAAAUAUUAAAAAUAGUCAGGUAAAUCAUACGGAUAACAAAAAAAAAUUAAAUGGAAAACGAACCUAGUACAUCAAAAGAACAAGAAGCAAGUAACGCAGAUAUAAAUUCAUAUGAAUCAAUUGAACAAAAAAUUAUUGCAUUAGCACAAACAAGACCAAAAGGAAUAUCUGAUAAAGACUUAACUAUAGAAAUGCCAGAUUUACAACCUACUCAAAGAGCUCAAAUUAUAAAUAAACUUUUAUCUCAAGGUCAUUUUGAUUUAUUUAAACAAGGUGGUUCAUUAUUAUAUCGUUUGAAAGAUCCUUCUAAGGCAAAAAUAGCUAAAGGUGCAGAUAAUGAAGAAAAGAUUGUAUAUACUAUUAUUGAAGAAGCAGGCAAUAAGGGCAUUUGGAUUCGUGAUAUAAGAUUUAAAUCCAAUUUAAUGCCAACUCAAUUAAAUAAAAUUUUAAAAAGCUUAGAAACUAAAAAAUUUAUCAAAGCUGUUAAAUCUGUUGCUGCAAGUAAGAAAAAAGUAUAUAUGUUAUAUAAUUUAGAACCAGACACAUCUGUAACUGGUGGUGCUUGGUAUCAAGAUCAAGAUUUUGAAGCAGAAUUUGUUGAUGUCCUUAAUCAACAAUGUUAUAGAUUUUUAGAAAAAAAAGAGCAAAUGAAUUCUUGUGGUGGAGGACCAAUAAUGGCUAGAAAUGUUACAUUUGCUUCAUCAAAAGAAGUAUGGAAAUUUAUUUCUGAUUUAGGAAUAAGCAAGGUAAAAUUAUCAGUUGAAGAUUUGGAAAUGAUAUUAAAUACUUUAGUUUAUGAUGGAAAAGUAGAACGUACUCUUUCAGGUGAUGGAAAUACUUUAUAUAGAGCAGUAGAACCUUUAUUAAAUCCACCAGGAUUAAUUAAAUCUACUUGUGGUGUUUGUCCGGUAAGGAAAAAUUGCUGUGAUGUUGGUGAUGUUACACCUACAAAAUGCCAAUAUAUUACAGAAUGGUUAGAAUAAUUUUUCAUAAAAAAAAUAUUUAAAAUAAUUAUUUAUAUUAUAUGUUAUACAUGCAUAUGAUACUAUAAUAAGAAUAAAUAUAUAAAUUAUAUAAU